CGCUGCGAUUUACUUCGAAGAGAUCUCCCCAUUCGAUUUAGCAAUCUGUUAAGAUAAGGUGUCAUCAUUCACAUAAGGGCAAUAUUACUAUAAAUAAACUAACGCUCAACUGAGCUUACGCACUACAAGCACGUGUAUUCUGCUUAGAAAAAUACGAAUUUUAGAUGCACAUUCAUAAUUCUUUCUGGUGUCACGUGCACGCAAGCAAAAGUUCGAAUACGAUCAAAUUGUGCUCACAAACAGUGAACACGAGGGAAGGGAACAAAUUUUUGAGAAAAAAAAGUACAAUUUUAGCUCAGAAUCACUAACAAACUCAGAUUCAUCAAAUAGAAGCUGAUAGUGGUCGAUUCUUGCCACAGACAUUUGGCUAACUUAAAAAGAGGGGAGGCGCGAUUAUUGAAGCGACACUCCUUUUAGAGAUAUAUAUCUCCUAUAGCAAGCUGCGCUGCUUAACCCGAGCUGCAGUGACCGUGGAAAAUAUUGAACUAGUAUUUGAAUGACGCUCACUGCGGGGAUGCGGCACCAAAUCAAGCCAUUAUCUUCUGCAUCGUGGUCGCCGGUCGUAGAGAGAGACAUUGAAUCGGAAUUGGAAUGAGAUAGUGAAGUUAGUACGCGCAAGACCCGCAGCGUCGUUAGACGCCGAGACGUCGGGGACGUCACACUAACGUAGCGGUUAGACUCGUCAUCCGCAGCACCAUGUAUCAAAAAUUGAGCUUCGAGGUCGAGUAUCUCACUGAACAACAUCUAACCGGCUUCGAGAGCUAUAAAUACAGUUCAGUGGAUACAAACCCUCUCAGUGUAUAUGUUAUGCAUCCAUUUUGGAACAAAGUGGUUCAGUACUGUCCAAAAUGGGUUGCUCCGAAUGUAUUAACUUUCUUUGGAUUCCUCUUUACUGUCUUCAACUUCACAUUGUUUGCGUUUUAUGAUUACUAUUUGUAUGCAUCGAGCGAUGAUAAACCACAGUAUCCACCUAUACCAAGAUGGGUCUUUGCCUUGGGUGUAUUUAACGUAUUUAUGGCAUAUACCCUUGAUGGUAUUGAUGGAAAACAAGCACGACGUACUCAAACAUCAGGGCCCUUAGGAGAAUUAUUUGAUCAUGGACUAGACAGUUGGACAACAAUGCUCAUUAGUGUCUGUAUGUUUUCUGUGUUUGGUCGAACGGAUCAUAGCGUGUCUCCAUUAAGAAUGUACUUUAUUUUAUGGAACGUGUUUAUUAGUUUCUACUUGACUCACUGGGAAAAGUAUAACACAGGGGUAUUAUUUCUUCCUUGGGGAUAUGAUCUAUCUAUGGUAGGCACUAUUGUUGUCUUUAUCAUAUCUAGUAUAGGCGGACAUAAAGCAUGGAAAUUUGUAUUCCCCGGCGGUAUACCUGUUGGUGUAAUAUUUGAAAUAUUGCUUUAUGUUACUGCAAUUGUAUCUAGUUUACCGGUGGUUCUCUGGAAUAUAUACAAAUCGUAUAGGGACAAGACUGGUAAAAUGCGUACGUUCCUAGAUGCCAUAAGACCUCUGUUACCUCUAGCGGUACUCUUCGCGAUUUCAACAAUUUGGGUAGUUCAUUCGCCUAGCAACAUCAUCGAGAAAGAUCCUAGAAUAGUUUUCUUAGCAAUUGGAACUAUCUUUUCGAAUAUCUGUUGUCGUUUAAUUGUUUCACAAAUGAGCAACACUAGAUGUGAACUAUUACCAUGGAUAUUACUACCCGUCGCGGUUAUAGCCAUUUUCUCAUUUAUCUUGCCUAGUGUAGAUCUGAUAUUUACGUAUAUCCUUGCCAUCGUAGCUUUACUGGCCCACAUUCACUAUGGAACAUGUGUGGUACGUCAAAUGUGUCGUCAUUUUCGUAUUCACACGUUCCGUAUCAAAGAUCGUGCAGACUGACUACUUGCCGACGAUACAUGUUAAAAACGAAGAAAUACGAACAAACAGUCGGGAAGAGCUACGAACGAGUGAGAAUAGAUCAGACAGACAGACAGUAAAAAAAUUUCAGGAUCACCAUUGAUUAUAAAAAGAAAGAAUGUUUGGGCUAUGAAAACGUAAAUGCUGGACAGUAGAUAAUAACAGUUUUAUUCGAGCAUAUAAUCAGCGAUCAUCACAUACCCAGAGAGAGAAAGUACCUGCUAAGUAACGUUCUCUAUUUAUUUUGCAAAGACAAAAGCAUUUCAUGUUGCUGUGAUAUAGUUAAAGACCUACAGUCUUGCUUUGCGUAUAUGUAAAUGUGAAAUAAGUUCGCAUCAUUCUUUCUACCUUGACUUUUUUUUUGUAUUCUGUUCGUAACCCUGACUGUGCGUAGAAUAUUUAUUUUCGAGUAUACGCGAGGCUUCUAGCUGUUGCGCAUUGAAUUUUUCGUUUUUAACGUGUAUUGUCUGAGAAACGAGAUUACAAAUCUAACUUGCUUAGUUUUCUCACGAGACGAAAUGUUCUCUUUUUCUUUGGUGCCGAGUUUCUUUGAAAUCUAUCGAAGCCUAUACGGUGACUUUUCUUUCGUUUCGAGUGAUUGCUGGAGAAAAAGAUUUUCGCUGUGCGUGAAAAUUCUAAGCAAGCUGGUGUAUAAUGAAUUUUGAUACGGAUAAAGAAGGAAAUAUGUAAUGCCGGAGAGGGCAUAUUUGUAAUAAGAUACGUGCAAGAGACAUUAUUUAUUUUCCGUGAGGAUGCAUGUGUAUAUUAUAUUAUAUUUAUAGUGAUCAGCUCGACUUGAAGGAUUUUUGCAAAUAGUAUUGUGUAUAAUAUACUUCGAGCUAGACUAAACAAGUCAAUCAAUUAAAGAAAUUAGCUAAUAACAGAGAAACUUUAUGUUUCUAUCAUGGAACGAAAAUUAUUUAGUCAAAAGAUACGAGAAAUCGAUAGAUAUUUAAUUCUUCUUCUUUUAUAAGAUAUGAUAUUUUAUUAUCGUAUACUUAAGUUUUCAACGUGGGAAAAAUGUAUGACGUCAGUCAGAGAUUAGAAAUCAUGUAAUGAUUAAUUUUUUUUUUCUUCAUAAUUAACAUCGAUCGGUCAUUACAAUGUUUGCAUAAAAGACGUGUCAUCGAUGACAAUAGUAAAUGGUGUAGAACGUUCGUGAAACGAUUGUAAGAUAAGGAACGAUAGAUGCUGGUAUCCAUUAAUUCCCACGUUGUGCGAAUAAAAUAUAAGUCAAUGUAGAAUAAAUCAACGUAUUAAAACGUGUAUUGCCAUAGGUUUCCGAUAAUUCUGUGCAUUGAAACUCCAUUAUUAUACGUUUUAAGUGAAAAUAUAUUGAAGUUAAAUUUUUUUUU